GUUGGCCUGAGUAUAAAAAGCCAUCCAGGGACAGUGUACUGACAUUGUCAGAGGAGUUCAAAAUACUCAGGGAAGAUUUUAGAGGAAAUUUCAGAAGGAAACCUAAGUUUGAAGGGAAGAGUAUGGCUUCCAUUUUGCCUGCUUCUAAUAGAUCCAUGAGACCUGACAAGAAUACAUAUGAGAGGUAUACCCAGACACAGGCACAGGCACAGACCAGGAAGCUGAAAAGGAAGCCAAGAAGUGUGUGGAGAUGGAGACACAGUGCUGAGAGAUGCCUCCUCAGCAGAGCAUGUGGGACAAGGCUACUGAAGCAUACAGUUGCUCCCCGGGGAAGGAUACGGAGCCUGCACCCAGCUCGCCAUCCUCUGAGGUCUUUUUCUCACCUAAGCCUUCUAAUGGGAAAACGGUCUGUGUAUGUUAAGAAUCCAUACCUGGAAGGCAUGGAUGAAGACAUUCUCUAUCACUUGGAUUUAGGAACCAAAACACACAACCUACCAGCAAUGUUUGGGGAUGUAAAGUUUGUCUGCGUUGGUGGGAGCCCGAACAGAAUGAAGGCAUUUGCACAGUUUAUGCACAAGGAACUUCGGUUGGAGGGAGAUGGAGAAGACAUUGAAGACAUCUGUGCAGGGACAGACAGAUACUGCAUGUUCAAAACAGGCCCCGUGCUCUCUGUCAGUCACGGGAUGGGCAUCCCCUCCAUUUCUAUUAUGCUCCACGAACUCAUCAAAUUACUCCACCAUGCACGCUGCUGUGAUGUUACCAUCAUCAGAAUUGGAACGUCAGGGGGAAUUGGGAUUGCACCAGGCUCCGUCGUAAUAACAGAUACAGCUGUAGACUCCUUCUUCAAGCCUCGAUUUGAGCAGGUCAUCUUGGAUAACGUGGUCACCCGAAGCACCGAGCUUGACAAAGAACUGGCUAAUGAUCUGUUCAACUGUAGCAGAGAAAUCCCCAAUGUCCCAACCCUCAUUGGACACACGAUGUGUACCUAUGACUUUUAUGAAGGCCAAGGUCGCCUAGAUGGGGCAUUAUGCUCCUUUUCAAGAGAGAAAAAGCUAGACUACUUGAAGAGAGCAUACAGAGCUGGUGUCAGGAACAUUGAAAUGGAAUCGACUGUGUUCGCAGCCAUGUGUGGCCUGUGUGGCCUGAGAGCUGCUGUGGUCUGUGUGACACUUCUUGACAGACUCGAGAGUGACCAAAUCAAUUUGUCCCAUGAUGUCCUGUUGGAGUACCAGCAACGGCCACAGCUUCUAAUCUCAAAUUUCAUCAAAAAACAGCUUGGACUUUGUGACCAGAUGUCAUAACUCGAAAUCCCGCCACUCUCCUGAGAGUUGCUACACGGAGCUGCAACGACGGAGCCAUGUGUUGUUCAUAACAUUUUUAUGUAAUUCCCAUCCUUGGGCUAAAAUCAUAAAAGAUUCUUAUGAAAUCUUUAUCUUAAAGUUCAAUUUAUUGUAAGAGAAUUUAAUACUCAUGCGAAAUUCAAAUCCCAUUUUGGAACGAGUUAACGAAAGCAGUCUAAUAAUUAAUAUUUUAAACUCAUGAAAUGUGACAUUUGGAGUUUCACAUGCAGCAUUCAUUAAGCUUACAUCAAAAUCAGCCAUUUGUAGAUGGUUACCAGUUGCUUGCUGAAGAAGAUCCAGAAGUGUAUGUUAGGAUGGUGUCAGCACUUCUAGGUGUUGGACAAGUGACAAAAAUUGAUCAUGCACAUUCAAAAUAUUUACAAAAAUGUGCCAGUGUAAUAUAGGCUGGUAUGGAAGAAUUAUCCUGGGGGAAAUAUGGCCAUCCCUUUCCUCCUGUCCCUGUACAAUUUCAGUGCACACAGAAUAAAAUUAGAGGCUAUGAAUGUAUGCUCUGCGAGAAUCACAGAACAUCACAGUUUGAGAUCACACUUUUUUUUUUUUCAAAUGAAAACCACUGGUCAUGCAAAGACCUUUAUUCCCUGCCCUCCCCCAGAAAUCAGAAGUGACUCAAUUGCCUUCUCACAAUCUUUUUUAUUUCUAUAAAGAAAUAUGUCAUGAGAAAGCUUUAUUUGUUGUUUCCAUAAGAACUUGAACAAGCUGUAGAAUUGGUUAACAACCAAAUUUAAACUUGAAAUCAAGAUAGUGAUCGAGUCCUUCUGUUUAACUUUGGGGCAGGUCUCAUUCAAGGCCUGCACCUCAGACUCCCCUGGUUGAACUUGCAUGCAGCAGAGGCUCCAGGAGUUGAUCUCACCUUCAAGGUUCUUUUGAACAUUUAAAAAUUGGAGAGUCUGGUUGGGGUAAGAGUGGAGGAGGUCUUGCAAAUAUGUAUAGUAUGUAAUGUUGUGUGUGUAUAUAUUUUUUAUAUGGAUGUGGAAUGAAUAAAAUAUAUCUCUCAUCAUGCUGCAGAA